AAAAAAAAACAAAAGUAUCACAAGUCUACUUUAAAAAAUAAAAACAAAGAAUGAUACAAAGAAGAAUAAAAGGACCAACAACACUAACACUUUCAUUUACAAUUGAAUCAGGCUAGAGAAUAUUUUUAAAAAAGAAAUUUAUUUUUAUUUUUAAAUUAAAAUAAACUUCCGUUUUUUAAGCAAGAGGAAGUGGGCCAACAAUUUUAUCUUCUUCAUUAAAUACCUCAAAUCAACAAAAUCGAAAGAGAACACUUAAUAAAUAUUUAGAAAAAACAAAUUCAAUAGAUUAUAGUAAAAGUAUUAUGGCCUCUACUAGAGUUGAUUUGGCACCGAGACAUUUUUCUUCGGCUCAAAAUGUACAACGAGCAGUUCAAAAAAUGCGUGAAAAAGAGCAAAAAGCAAUUAAUGACCAAAUAAAUGAUGUUUAUUCAAAAAAUUAUAUUCCAAAAAAAUAUUCAAAAAAUUCUUUAGAAUAUGGAAAACCGGUAGAAAAUAAAAGAAAAAAUAAAUAA